AUGUACCUGGACCUGAGCGACCAAGGAUACGGCCAUGCACGUUCUGAGGAUCAAAGGGAUGCCACAGAAAGUCCAUCCCAACAGCCACAACAAACGCGACCUCCGGAUAUUCCGAAUUCACAAAUUGCCGACCGGUCUCGGUCGGCUGUAUCGAGGAUAUUUAUCUCGCCUAAUGGCGACUCAAGUUACCACGGGCUUACGAGCACUUUGUUCGACGAUGCACCGACAGAUCGACUUGGUCAUCCUCGGUCGGCGGAUCCACAGGUGCCGGUAGAGCAUAUUCGCAAGCAGUUGAUGGGAGAGUCUGCCUAUCAAAGAGAGUCACUCCUUCACCACGGGUUCUUCUUACUCUAA